ACGCCACCGCUGUUUUUAAUCUCACCGAAGCUAAACACACCGCCACCGCUGUUUUUAAUCUCACUGGAGCUAAGUGAGAUUCAGUGGGCAGCUUUCAUUCUUCUAUGUGCUGGCUGCACCACAGCACAGCUAAACUCUCGUUCUGACCACGUUCUUCAAACACCUUUGCAAGGUUGGAUAAUGGCCAUUGUGAUGGCCCUUUUGAGUGGAUUUGCAGGAGUGUACACCGAGGCCAUAAUUAAGAAGCGCACAUCAAGGAAUAUAAAUGUGCAGAAUUUCUGGUUGUAUAGCUUUGGAAUGGCCUUCAAUGCUGUAGUAAUACUGAUACAAGAUUUCGAUGCUGCCAUGAACAAGGGUUUCUUCCAUGGAUACUCAAUCAUUACCACUCUCAUGAUCCUUAACCAUGCACUCAGUGGCAUUGCAGUGCCUAUGGUAAUGAAAUAUGCAGACAAAUUUGUGAAGAAUCUUGUGAGUUAG